GGUACAGUUGUUGCUGUGCAGCUGGAUGUUGCUGAAUAGUCUUUCUAUGAGCUUGCUGUUCAAUCUGUCUGUUGCUCAGAAUGGCGAAGAACCCUAAUUUCCCAGAAGCAGGGAAUCUGCCUACAGGCUAUGCUCACUGUAGGUCAGACAACUUCCCUGGCUACCAGUAUCACCAUCCCUCCAAGAUGAGUAACAGCCACCCACUUCGUCCGUACACGGCUGUGGGGGAGAUCGACCACAUUCACAUCCUGUCAGAGCACAUUGGUGCUCUAAUGAACGGGGAGGAAUACAGUGACGUUACCUUUAUUGUGGAAAAGAAGCGUUUUCCAGCACACAGAGUGAUCCUGGCUGCUAGGUGCCAUUAUUUCAGAGCAUUAUUGUAUGGAGGAAUGAGAGAAUCUCAGCCUGAGGCAGAAAUUCCUCUUCAGGACACCACUGCAGAAGCAUUUACCAUGCUGUUGAAAUAUAUUUACACUGGUCGUGCUACGCUACGAGAUGAGAAAGAAGAGGUUCUUCUUGACUUCCUAAGCCUAGCACAUAAAUAUGGAUUCCCAGAACUGGAGGAUUCCACAUCUGAGUAUCUUUGCACAAUACUUAAUAUUCAGAAUGUCUGUAUGACUUUUGAUGUUGCCAGUCUUUAUUCUCUUCCCAAAUUAACUUUUAUGUGCUGUAUGUUCAUGGAUAGAAAUGCCCAAGAGGUGCUCUCCAGUGAAGGCUUCCUGUCACUUUCUAAGGCUGCUCUUCUAAGUAUUGUACUGAGAGACUCAUUUGCAGCUCCUGAAAAGGACAUUUUCCAAGCUUUGAUGAACUGGUGUAAACAUAACCCCAAGGAAAACCACGCUGAAAUCAUGCAAGCAGUACGUUUGCCACUAAUGAGUCUAACAGAACUACUGAAUGUUGUAAGACCUUCUGGAUUGUUGUCACCUGAUGCCAUCCUAGAUGCCAUUAAGAUUCGUUCUGAGAGUCGGGACAUGGACCUCAACUACAGGGGCAUGCUAAUACCAGGGGAGAAUAUAGCAACAAUGAAGUAUGGAGCACAAGUUGUAAAAGGGGAGCUGAAGUCUGCUCUGUUGGAUGGAGAUACUCAGAACUACGACCUGGAUCAUGGAUUCUCUCGCCACCCGAUCAACGACGACUGCCGGUCCGGGAUUGAGAUUAAACUGGGCCAGCCCUCAAUAAUCAACCACAUACGAAUUCUCCUGUGGGACAGAGACAGUCGGUCCUAUUCCUACUACAUUGAGGUGUCCAUGGAUGAGUUGGACUGGAUUCGGGUUAUAGAUCACUCGAAAUACCUCUGUCGGUCCUGGCAGAACCUGUAUUUCCCUGCCCGUGUCUGCAGGUAUAUUCGAAUUGUUGGGACCCACAACACAGUGAACAAAGUUUUCCAUAUUGUGGCAUUUGAAUGCAUGUUCACAAACAAAUCCUUUACUCUUGAGAAAGGUCUGAUAGUUCCCACUGAAAAUGUUGCAACAAUUGCAGACUGUGCCAGUGUGAUUGAGGGUGUAAGUCGCAGUCGCAAUGCCUUAUUGAAUGGAGACACAAAAAACUAUGAUUGGGAUUCUGGAUACACAUGCCACCAGCUUGGGAGUGGAGCUAUUGUAGUGCAGCUGGCACAGCCCUACAUGAUUGGAUCAAUACGGUUGCUACUUUGGGACUGUGAUGAUCGGAGCUACAGCUACUACAUUGAGGUUUCAACGAAUCAACAGCAGUGGACCAUGGUGGUGGAUCGCACAAAAAUUUCCUGCAAAUCCUGGCAAACAAUCACUUUUGAUAAACAGCCUGCGUCUUUUAUCAGAAUAGUUGGAACCCGCAACACAGCUAAUGAGGUGUUUCACUGUGUGCAUUUUGAGUGCCCAGCACAAAACAGUACCCACAAGGACGAGAGUAGUAAGGAAGUAGCAACAACAGAGGUGGGGACUGGUGGACAGUAGCUUGUUUCUUGCCCUGUUGGAGCUGCAAGCACCUGGUUCCCUGCAUCCCCUCCUGGAUCCACCUUGCAUCCUCAUGUUCAUCAGCCAUGAAGGAGGUUGAAAGGGAGCUUUUGCUACCCCACUGACAUUCUGUGAAGUUUUUCAGAACCUUCUUGUGCUGGCACCUUCUCUUUCUUUGUGAAUGAAGGGGACCAUGUCUGAAAGCUGGAAGUAUUGAAAUGGAAAAGGCUUUCUCCCAAGGACAUGAAGAAACUGUUUCACUCUCCUCAAUAUGUUCAAAUCAGACUGGUCUCCAAGGGGGGAGAAAAUAGGUCUUCAAUCUUCAUCAAGUACCCCAUUAACACCCUACCUCUCUAAUCUAACCCAUGCAAGGAAAACAGAAGGAAAUAAAAGGCAGAGCUACAGUGGAAAUCUAAAAUUACUCAAGCAGAAUGGAAAGCAUAUAAAAUAAGCACUUGUUCCCAGGAGGCUUUUAUUAGCAAAAAAAAUGUUUAUGGAACACAUCAGUCCAGAAAAUAUUUUAUUUUUAAAGUGAUUCUUCAUCCAUAUUCCAUUGUAACUAGUAAUUUGUUUUCUAAAUCAUUUUGAUUCUGUAUUCCAUUUAGUUUCUUAUUUUUGGCUAUAGCAAAUGCUGUACAGUAGAUUAAGGAAGUAUCAGACAUGCUUACCUGCUGAGAUGCAAAUUCUCUCAUUCAUCAGUGGGAUGACAAGAAAAGCAUUCAUUAUAUCAACAAACUAAUUAAUGUAUCUAUAUAAAUCUUGACCUUAGUUGACUUUUCAAAGUACAAAAUUGUCAUUUCCUACAUUCAAAAGGAAGUUUCUAAAUCAGACAUCCGUCUUGAAGAAAAUAGUAUUUUUUCACUCCUGAAGAUGAUUAUUUAAAUUUUGCCUGCCUAAGACAACUUGCAACAGAACAUAAAAAUGUUUGGUUUAGAAAAGUGGAACUCCAUCUGGUCACUGACAAGUAGUUGUUCAAAUACCAAAAGAAGGAUUUGCAGAUAAUGUAUAUUUUUCCAAGAAGAGUUGUUUUACAGUCUGGAGCUAAAAAUUCAAAGGCUGUGUAUGCAUUAACAUUUCUCGUGAUCUUCAUAAAAUGUGAUGCUUUUGCACCGUAUUGUAAAAGAUCUGGUUCUUACUUUACAGUCACAGAAUUCAUUAUCCAUCCAUAUCUGUCUGGAUUACAUUGCCUGCUACUUUGCUUGUUCUGUUUUCACACUGAUGACGAUGUAGUCUCUUACUCUCCAGAUCUGCAUGACUUUUAGGAAGAACUCCAUGUCGGUCUUUCAGUAUGGGAUAAAGAGAUUUUGUAUUAAGACAAAUGCUGAUGUAAUUGGCAAAAUUGAUUAGGAUGCUUGUUCCUCCUCACAAAGUAUAUUAUAUUGGAAAUGUCAGCUAACCGGUUUUAUGAACUUGGAAUUUCCUGUGGUGAUAAAUAACCUUGUCAGAAGAAAACAAAGCUAGUGCAGGAUAAAUACAGUUUUCCUUUACAUAACCAUAGUGAUAAAAUGAGUUAUAUCAGCAUAGCAAAUUGUAUGUUAAUUUAUCACACUACUUAAUUUGAAAUAAUUUCCCUGUUGGGUACUAGUUGUGCUAAACCCAAGAAGAAAUAUAAUCAGUGGUAGCAAUGAAUCAGAGGAUAUUUCAAAUAUGAAAAGCAUCCCUUUUCUUUCAAAUAAAAUUGAUUAGGCUUUAUCGAUAAUAUUGUAGUAUUUUUCAUUGCCAAAUUACAAUUUAGUUCUGACAUUUGCAUAUAGUUCUUUCCCUUCCCACUGCUGUGUUCUGACUGACUGCUGGUGAAGAUGGAUACCCACUGGCUGUAUAAAGCUUGAAAUUCAUGUGCCACAGCUGCCUUAGAGAGUGUGGAGUUCUAAGGUAGGAUACUGCUUGUGCCAGCCACCUCCCAGUCUGCAGGGCUGAUUACCUUAUGGCUUAACAGCAUUUGGAGCAUGGAAGAAUUGAGACCAGCUACUGAGGAACCACUCUUAUGUUUAUAUAUAAAUCCAAAAAGUUGGAAAUUUUUUCCCUUUAAAACCAAACUUUUUCAGUUGCAAUCCAUGCUGGAACUACUGAGAUGCCUGGAGCAUGUCUUGCCUUUGACAGAUAAGUCCUUGUGUGGCAGUGGUGGUAUUUCUUUCCAGUUCCAUCAAACAAGCCUGCUUUUCUCAAACUGGAUAAGCAAAGGGUAGAACUUCCUAGCUGUUAGUAUUUAGUGGCCACCUUUGAAGAGAAUGUUAAAAAAACUAAAAUCAAAAAAGGUUGUGCCAUCUGGUCUGAGCUUAGGCUCUCAUAGAAAGAAUGGAUUUUUUCCAUUUGUAAUCUUUGAUGUGCACAGUUAAUUUUUAUGAUACAAAUAAGUCUUGUAGGCUAUAAUGUAUGGAACAUCUGUUUGAUCUUGUCCUGUAACUGAUUGUGGAACAGAAAUGUCUCUUUAUUUCCCAUGACAUUCACUCUCUGCCAAUAAUCUGGAUGAACAUAUCUGAGAUCCCCAAAGCAAAAACUCUGAUGUCCUACUGACCCUUCAGUUUCCCACCCCCAUAAAUCUAUAAAAAGAAAAAUCACUUUGCAUUGUCCCUUCAUGCAGGUGAACAGCAAUUUUUAGUAUUAGACUUCUAAGUCCUGCCACAAGCCCUUCACACUUUCAAGUUUUACCCUUUUUAUUUAAAGAUAUAAUGUUUACAGAGAGCUGAACUCCAUUAGGUCUUCUAAUACUGCCCACCAACAAAAACCCCUAGUACCUGUAUUGCCUAGAAGAGUCUCUUGUCUUAAACUUGUGUCACUGUGUGUUAGUAGUGACAAAGGAGGAUACAACACAGAACUGAUUUGUGAUUUCGUGUGCAUGUUCUCAUUCUUUCUAAUUAUUUUCUGUGUUUAUUGACUCCUGAGUUCAGAUGUGCUUCCUGUAUAUUCCUCUGAAGCUGUGGUUUUUUCCUUUUCUUUUUUAUCUUUGCUUUUCCUUUCGGUGAAAGUAAGUUGUGCUGUUGCAGCAUAGUAUCAGGGUUUAUCAAAGUGAUGAAAUGCUGUAAUUAUUCAGAACUGUGUAAUCAGUCUUACUCUAUUUAGAACAAGGUUAGAGCAGAACUGACCAGGUACUCAUUGCUUUCUUAUCAGAAACUAUAAAAUAGACCUGUUGUUAGUGUUCUGUGUAAUGGAAAUAACUGUACUGACAAUAUUGAGCCAUUGAUUCUAUUUAGUACUUCAGUAUCUUUAAAUUCUCCAGGACUCCUUUUCUCGAUUUUUACUUCCAUAGGUUGAAUUCAGGCUUAGACUUAAUUCACAGGGAGCUCAGCAAAGGCCUUUCUAAAAUCUUUUUAUUUAGUUAACUUUUUUCCAAAUGAAAAUAAAAGAUUUUUUAUUCACAGAAUGUAGGGGAAAAUUAUCUGAGGAAAUUAAUUUUUGAAGUGAGCAAACAUUGUGCAGCUUACAAUUUUUCAAGAUGCUUUUCGAGCCAUUUCCAAUCAGCUUUAAAACAAGUUCAAAUGGCUGUUAAAUGGAAUUACAAUGAGAGAAGUUAAUGCAAGUCUAAUGUAAAAGAUAAUACAGAGGAGAAAUCACUAAUUUUGUUAGACUAAGAACUCUUCUUCAUUGCAGUUUCCUUCCUUCAGAGCUCCAUUUCUUUCUUCUUUUCUCCAUGAAAAUCAUUGAGUUAUUCAUUAUGACAACUCAUAUAAGAGCUCAGUGCUUCUCAGAAUUGCUGAAAAAUUCAGCUUAAUGCAUCUUCAUCUUUACUAAUGACAACAUUAGAGAAUUUUCAGUUGAGUACCUGACUUGAUGAGAAUUGGUUUCUAUGAAAGAAAGCAAAAGAAGUCUGUAACUGUUUCAGUCUAAUUAAAUUUUCAGUACAAAAAUUAGAUGACAAAGUUAAUGCCAUUCUUGUCUGAUUGUUGUGUCUGGUUAUAAAGUGACGCCCACUUAGAGACGCUUAAUAAGAGAUUAGCUAGAACUUUGAUUUAAUAAGAUACAGAUUGCAUUUCUCUGUGAAGAGAAUUGGCUUAUAUUUUGACAGGUAUUAGUCUACUGUCAAAUAAACAAGUCAGUGCAUUGGUAAUUCUGUUGUUGUGGCUAGAGUAGUAAGCAAAUAUAGAGCCAGUAAGAGUUAAUGUUUCCAAGAAUAAACAUUUAGGCUUGUAUGUCAUCAUAUGAGUUUCCAGAGGACUAAACCAUGCUUCAGAAAUAGUUGGAGAUCCCAGAGGAUACUUGAGGCCUGGUUUCCAUCCCCAUCUCUCAGUUAAUGGUUCUGUUUAGGUUAGAAUCGUCAGUUCUCUCUGAAGU